CACAUCUCACAGCAUGGCCUACGAUCCGCUUCUUGCCUCCAUGUCCGCAUCCGGCGCCUGGUGCUCCGAUGCCUUCACACUCGCUUCAAUUCCAGGCAUGGGCGCGGGCGCCAUUGCCACAAGGCCAAUCGCGGCGGGCACGCCGCUGUUCCACCUCCCUCUAUCCUACCUCCUGACGCCAUGGACGAGCGCUCUCGGCCCCGCCCUCGCUGCUGACGGAGGGAAGGAGGCGUGGGAGUCACUUGCAGACAAGGGGUGGGCACCGCUUAUCCUGGCCAUGAUGUACGAAAGCAGUUUGGGAGACCGAUCGAAGUGGGCCGGAUAUCUCAAGACGAUGCCCUCCGAGUUUGGCGCUCCGAUGUGGUGGAGUGACGAGGAGUUGGAAGGGCUAAAGGGGACGGACAUUGAGGACCGUAUCGGCAAGGCAUCGGCACACGAACUAUACUCCACUACACUCGAACCGCUUAUGAGAUCCCACCCUGCUGUAUUCCCCCCCUCGGAGCACUUUACCCUGCACUCGUUCCACGUGCAGGGAUCGCGAAUCCUCUCCCGCUCGUUCACAGUGCCGCGCACACGCGCAGGCGGCCCACCGCCCGGCACCGACGAAGACGGGGACGAGGAGGAAGAGGACGAGAUCGCCGUGAUGGUGCCGAUGGCGGAUAUGCUGAAUGCCGCGUACGAGAUGGACAACGCGCGUCUGUUUGCCGACGGUGGCGACGAUGAUGACGCAGAAGGGGUGGUGGAGAACACUGAGUUCGGGGAGGGAUACACUAUGAUCACGACGAAGGAUAUCGCAGCAGGCGAGCAGAUCUACAACACGUACGCGUCGCCACCGAACUCGGAGCUUCUGCGCAAGUACGGUCAUGUUGACGACCUACCGCUACCCGACUCCAUCCUCUCCCUUCUCACGCCUGGGGAGCUCGGCGGCCACCCUUUCGGCAACGCGGGGGACGACGUCGAAGUUCCGGGCGAUCUCGUACUGGCCGCUGCAGCUGGGUCAGGUCUGGAGCAGCGGGUAGAGUGGUGGCUGGAGGAGGGGCAGGAAGACGUCUUCUCCCUCGGCUACCCCGACGAGGAGGAUGCCCUCCCGCCCGCCUUCAUCGCCUUUGCCCGCCUUCUAUCUAGUGAUGCGGAGUGGACGCGCGCUCAGAGCAAGGGCAAGCUCCCCCGGCCAACGCUAGAUGUCACCUCCUCCAACAUCAUCGGCAAAGCUAUCGCCGCCAGGCGCGCCAAGCAUGUCACCACCCUCGAGGAGGACCUCGCGAUCAUCGCUGGCCCACCGGGACGUCAGCGAGAUGCCGCUGUUGUGAGGCUGGGCGAAAAGCGAGUGUUGGGCGUGAUGGGAAGACUGGUGGCAGCGGAGGAGGAAAGGUUGCGCAAGCAGGAGAAGGACGAGGCGAAGGCGGCGCGGAGCGCCAAGAGAAAGGCGGAUGAUGCGGGGCGAGCGGGCAAGCGUAGGAGGUAGGGCGGGAGCACAGGUUCGAAAUAUAUGCAUGGUAUUGAUGCU